AAUCUGUAGGUGGUGCAAAAAGAUCAUACACCUAUAAAUUGAUUCAAACAAAACAUGGUCAUGAAAUUGACAUGAGGGGUCGCUGCAGUGCUGGACAAAGAGUUCUAGCCUCUAUAAUUAUAAGACUUGCCUUAGCGGAGACUUUCUGCAAAGAUUGCGGAAUUCUUGCCUUGGACGAACCAACAACAAAUUUAGAUCAAGAAAAUGCAGACAGUUUAGCAGAUGCAUUAGCCACUGUUGUCAAAUUACGAUCCCAAUAUCAGAAGAAUUUUCAACUGGUCGUAAUUAGUCAUGAUGAAAGGUUUUUAUUCAAAUUAGCUGAAUUAAGUGAAAAUAGAGGCUUCCAUCAACUAUUCAGAAAAAAAAAUGGAUACUCGUCAAUUAGAUACUGCCAAGUGAAUAACCAAAAUUUGGGAACGAAUGAUGUAAAAAAACCACUAUCGUCUGAAGACGAAU